AUGGCGUCCUCGGCGGCGAACGGCAGCAGCGGGGCGGCGAGGGAGCAGGGGCGUGCUCGUUUGGCGGCGGGCGGUGGCGGGCUUCACCGGGACAUGGGGUGGGUCGGCGUGCGGAAGCGCCUCUGGGGCGGGUACGCGGCGGAGAUCCGCAUCCCGAGCAGCCGCAAGCGCGUCUGGAUCGGCAGGUUCCAGCACGCCAUGCAGGCGGCGCUCGCCUACGACGCCGCCAUGUUCCUCUUCUACGGCAAGACGCUGCCGAAGCUCCGCCGGUACAACUUCCCGGAGGCGCCGCGCCCCAGCUUCCCCGAGUUCGUGCGAAGAGCCCUCACCGUCGCCAACGUGAAGGCGAUCGCGGAGGAGCACGCCCGGAGCGUCGGCCGCUUCGCCCCGCUUCCACCGCCCGUGAUCCCUGCACCACCGGCGCCCCUGCAUGUGGCGGAGGCUGCUGGUGGCGCUGCUGCCGCCGGCGCAGGGGUCGCUGUUGAAGCUGCUGCCGCUGGCGCGGGGGUUGCUGUUGAUAUUGCUCCCGCAGCCGGCGUAGGAGCAACAACUACCGCCGCGGAUAGGCGUAUCAACGACGAGAUCUACAUCGAUGCAGACAUCCUGACUGGUGCUGACUGCCAGUUCUCCGGCGCUCCAGUCCCUGAUGAGGAUUUCGUCAGGUUGAUGGACAUGGACGUGGACCUGAUAUUUGGCGAUAUCUGA